GAGCUUUCUGUGCUAUUAACUGGCAUUAUUUAGUCGCCUCAGCUCGGAGAAGAAACAAGUCAGGACUGCUCUUCAUCAGAAUUCCACCCAGUUGGAGCAACAAUGACUUCCCAUGUAAAACUCAGAAAGGUUGGUACAGUGGACUACGACACACAAAUCAAAGAAGUGCGUUGCCAACUUGUAGAUCAGCUGAAAGUGUUGGACUUGCAACUUGAGCAGAAGAGCCAGCAGCUGCAGGAUCUAACAGACUACCUCCGGCGAAGGGGCGAGAUUGAAAGCGAAUACUCCCGCUCACUGGAAAAACUUGCAGAAAGGUUUACUUCCAGAAUCAAAAGAAAAGAACCCAGUAGUCACACCGUGUCCCAGGUCUGGCUGGCUCUGCUUUCCCAGACUCGUCAAGAAAGUAAGGACCACAAUGGACUGAGUGAGAGCUGCAGCAACUUCCUCAUCCAACCCCUCACAAACUGCCUGGAGUACACACAACGUCUUGCCAAGAAGAGUAAAGACAUCUGUACUCAGCUACAAGAUGGACUCCUCAAGGUUACCACUGAGCUACAGACUGGAUGGCGGACAUACUACCAGUACCACUCAGACUAUGUGUGUGCAGAAGUGAAGCUAAAGGAGGCAGAGAAACAGGAAGAAAAACAGAAGCAGAGUGCCAAAAAACUGGAGAGGUUGAUAGAAAAAAGACAAGUUAAAGUCCAAGAUAUAUACCUGAAGUGCAGCAAGGCCCGAAAUGAAUAUCUCCUAAACCUGGCUGCGGCAAAUGCUUCCAUGAAUAAGUACUACCUCCAGGACAUCUCAACUCUUAUUGAUUGUGCAGAUGAAGGGUACCACGUCUCUCUGGGCCGGGUGAUGCAGGCCUACCUGUCCAGUCGGUGGCGGGCCCAGCAGAACCUGAGCACAGGACUGCAGCAGCUCGAAGGGUCUGUGUCAGAACUGGACCAGAGCCGGGACAGAGACACCCUGCUGCAGGACCACUACAACACCUUCUGUAUGCCCCUUCGCUUCCCUUAUCAGCCUCAUGAUGGAGACCAGGUUUCUGAAGUUAGUGCAGAUUGUGAGAUGAUAUGUGACCUGGAAACCAGAUUCAAACAGAUACAAACCAGGCUAAAGGCAAUCAUCCAGGAAACCGAGGAGGCCACUAAGAGUAUGUCAGCAGCCCAGUCCAACCUGCUGGAGGGUAUUAGUGACGAUGAUCUGGAACCCAGCAGCGGCAGCAGUUCAUCUCAAGAGGGCAGCACUGAGAACCUGGCAGUCAAGGCCACUGUGGCCCGUCGCAGGGCCAACCUGCUGGAAAUAGAAAACCUCUACUUCACUAGAGUAAAAGAGUACCUUGUUGGCAGCUCUCUGGUGGCUAAACUGCAAGCCAAGCAUGACCUGCUUAAAGUGGCUGUUGAAAAAGCUGAAGCGUCAGCUGAACAUCAGCCAAGGCUUAAUGGAAAGUCUAUGCGUGUCAGGAAAAAUCACUCAAGUUCCAAUUUGAUACACAAUCACAAACUUUUCAAUGGAGACAUGCUGUCUUUCAUACAGGCUUCAGGACAACAGAUUCCAAUUGUUGUGGAAAGUUGCAUUCGCUUUAUCAACCUUAAUGGUCUCCACCAUGAGGGGAUAUUUAGGGUGCCAGGGUCUCAGAUGGUGGUCAACAAUUUGAGGGAUGCAUUUGAGCAAGGAGAAGACCCCCUGGGUGAGCAGAGAUAUGACCUGGACUCUGUUGCCGGAGUGCUGAAACUCUAUUUUAGAGGUCUGGAGAGUCCACUCUUCCCCAUCGACAGCACCAGCCAACUCCUUGAAUCUGCCCAAAUAAAGAACGAGUCAGAGAGAGCUGCUCAGCUCAAAAUGGUCAUCUCUUCUUUCCCAGAGCCAGUCAUCAUUGUCAUGAGAUACCUCUUUGCAUUCCUUCAUCAUGUGUCUCAGUACAGUGAUGAGAACAUGAUGCAGCCUUACAACUUGGCAGUGUGUUUUGGCCCAAGUCUGGUAAGAGGGGCCCAAGAUGAUGAUGUUGUCACCCUGCAGCCUCAGAUCAAUGCCCUGGUGAAGGACAUUAUCCUUCAGCAUGAAAGCAUCUUCCCCAGCCAGAGUGAAGUACAAGGCCCUGUGUACGAGAUGUGCAUGACACUGGAACAGGAUGAUUGCGAGCCUAUCAUCGAUGAAGGAGAUGGGGAUGCUGAGUGCUCUCAUAGUAAAGAUGAAGUGGAAAUGGGAUCCUCAGCUGACCAAUGCACCAGCUCGUCUGCAGCACUUCCACAGAAAAAGGCAGAGCGUCCAAGAGCCAACAGCAGCAGUUCCAUUGACCAUAACAAGUUGACAGGGGGACCAAUAGGGGGCAGCAUCACUUCAGCGGGAAAGUUAAUGCUCCAGAUUCCUUUGGGGCCACAGAGCAAGCCACGACGGGGCCACUCUCCUGGCUAUGUGCGCAGAGAGUGUCAGGAUCACUUAUCCUCUGAGGAAACUGCAAAAGUAGACAAGGAGGUCUAUCGCCAGAUGGACUCAGUCUUCAAGGAGCUCGUCACGCAGCAAACACAGCAAGAGCCCUCCUCCACCGCCUCCUCUCCCUCUGCCCAAGCUCUCCAAAGGAAAGGAAAGCAGGAUGGACGCAGGGGGAGAGUAUGAAUGUUCAAAGUGGCAAAUCCAAUGGACUGAGGGGACAGGCAUCAAUAGAUGAUACAAAUGAACACUGAGGUGUAGGGUGAUGUGCCCUGACAGCGGCUUUCAACACAUCUAUUUCUAGAAAAUAAGAUUACUGACCCAUAGUCACUACUCUGUGGCCCCUGUGAUUGGUUUGGGCAUCUCUUCAGUGUGGCUCGAUACUCAGAGGCUCUUUCAUUCGUGUUUUGUACAGCAGAACCCCAUUGUGACUGCAGAUGUGCAGUAUCAUGUGGAAACCUACUUGAAAUGCACUGCUUUACUUGUGUAUAUUUGGAUGUGGUUAUGACUUAUGAAUAUCUUCAUCUGUGUAGUAGUUGAUAUAUUCAACUAUUUCCAGUUAAGGCCAAUUUUUCUCAGUGACUUUAAGUCAGCACUGCACAUCUACAUAGGAGCACAUAUCCACGCUUCUUCAAAUGUCUGUUUACCAAACUGAGAUGGAUGCACAAAGUUGAUAAGAAUACUGUGAAUACUGUUGCUGCAAGGGAUUUGUAUAUAUUAAAUACUUGUUUUAAACUGUAUAUCUAGGCAACAUGCCAAAUAAAUAUUUUGUCUAUUCUGAAA